AUGAGCAACGAGCCAGAGACCGCAGUCGACGCAUCCGACAACGAGCCGGUCGCCGAAUCGACCCCCGUCGACGCCGCCGCGCCCGCUCACGAGGGAGACGCUGGAGCUCCGGAGACGGUGGCUGAGGAGGCGCAGGACGCUGGGGGGGCGCAGCAGGAGAACAAGGAGGAGGACAGUGCACCUGCCGCGACGACAGAGACGCCCGCACCCGCUGCUGCUGUCGCUACGACCCCCGCUGCUCCGGCGACGACGAGUGCUGCUCCCGCGACGAGCGAGUUUGCCCAUGCGGCGCUCAAGAAGUUCAAGCUCGUCUUCCUCGGCGAACAGAGUGUCGGCAAAACCUCGCUCAUCACCCGCUUCAUGUACGACACUUUUGACAACACCUACCAAGCGACUAUCGGCAUCGACUUCCUCUCCAAGACCAUGUACCUCGAAGACCGUACCGUUCGACUUCAGCUGUGGGACACGGCGGGACAGGAGCGCUUCCGGAGCUUGAUUCCCAGCUACAUUCGCGAUUCGAGCGUGGCGGUCGUCGUCUACGACAUCACGAACCGCACGUCGUUCAUGAACACGAGCAAGUGGGUUGACGACGUCCGCUCCGAGCGAGGCAACGACGUCAUCAUUGUCCUGGUCGGUAACAAGACCGACUUGAACGACAAGCGGCAAGUGACGACGGACGAGGCUGAGCAGAAGGCCAAGGAGCUCAACGUCAUGUUCAUCGAGACGUCGGCAAAGGCGGGUCACAAUGUCAAGACGCUGUUCCGCAAGAUUGCGCAGGCGCUGCCCGGGAUGGAGAGGGAGGGUGAGGGUCAGGGCGGGGCGAACCAAAUGAUCGACGUCUCGGUCACCCCGACAAACACGACCGGCAACGAAGGCGGCUGCUCGUGCUGA